GCAAAAUUUAGUAUUACGCCAUUCUUCUUAUUUCCCUUCGUUAAUGAUUUUUUUAAUCAGUUUUAAGUUUUAACAACUUAAAAACUAAUCAUUUAGACCUUUUUCUUGUACAACUAUUUUGACCAUUACAUUAUAUGUAAUAAUAUAUUAAUAUACAAGAAACUUGAUAUGACUAGGAAACUUUUAAGCUUCAGCAAAGAAGAUCAAAGAAAAUAUUCAAUCCUACAGCAACAAAUUCUCGAAGUCCUUCAGUUUUUCAAUCUGGUAUGAGUGAAGGCUACAGAAAUGCAAGUGCAAGCUCCAGCUCAAGUUUGAAUAGCAGUUUCCAAGAUACAGAGGAUGAUCAGACCUUAGCAAGCAUCUUAGCAGAAGAGGAAAACUUGCACAAUGAUGGCAGGCUUGCAAAAAAACUCUCUCAUCUGGAUUCCAUUCCGCACACUCCUCGUGUCAAUGGUGAAAUACCCGAUGUGAAUGAUGCAACCUUAGAUCAUGAACGAUUGUCUGAAAGGUUGGCCACUUAUGGUUUAGCUGAAUUGCAAAUUGAGGGUGAUGGAAAUUGCCAGUUUCGAGCAUUAGCAGAUCAGUUGUUCCGUGAUUCAGACUACCACAAACAUGUCAGGAGGCAGAUUGUCAAGCAGCUAAAACAUUCCAGAAAGUUGUACGAAGGCUAUGUCCCGAUGAAGUACAAAGGCUACCUUAAGAAGAUGAAAAAAUCUGGGGAAUGGGGAGAUCAUGUCACUCUGCAAGCAGCUGCUGACCGAUUUGGAGCCAAAAUUAAUUUAGUAACCUCUUUUCGUGAUACUUGCUACAUCGAGAUCAUGCCCAAACAAGCAAGUCCUACUAGAGUCUGGCUGAGCUUCUGGAGUGAAGUACAUUACAAUUCAUUGUAUUCUAAUGGAGAUGUUCCCACCAGAGCACCAAGAAGAAAGCAUUGGCUCUUUUAGGAUUAUAUAUAUAUAUAAUAUUCACCGUUUAUAUAUAUAUCGAAUGUACUUUUUCUUUACCUUUAUACUACCUUCCAAAACUUGAGGCUGAUGUUGUAAUUUUAUAACUAAAAUUUUACUUUUUAUACAAAUAAUUGACAUUAA